CCGGGCCUGCUUGGCAGGCGGAACGCUCCCCAGGGCACCGCGGCGGAACGCUUUGGGCGAGGGACGCGCGGCCGGAAGCGGCGGACCAGAGCACUUCCGGCGCCCUCCCGCCUCGCCGCCCCAUGGCCGCGUCCGUGGAUUUCAAAACCUAUGUGGAUCAAGCUUGUAGAGCUGCAGAUGAGUUUGUCAACAUUUACUAUGAGACAAUGGACAAGAGAAGAAGGGCUUUAACCAGACUGUAUUUGGACAAAGCAACAUUAGUUUGGAAUGGAAAUGCAGUGUCUGGGCAAGAAGAGCUAAAUAAGUUUUUUGAAAUGUUGCCAUCAAGUGAAUUCCAGGUUAAUGUGUUGGACUGCCAGCCUGUUCACGAGCAAGCUACUCAAGGCCAGACAACAGUCCUCGUGGUGACAAGUGGGACUGUCAAAUUUGAUGGGGAUAAGCAGCGCUACUUCAAUCAGAACUUCCUGCUGACGGCACAGGCCACCCCCACCAACACCGUGUGGAAGAUCGCCGGGGACUGCUUCCGCUUCCAGGACUGGGCCAGUUAGCAGGGCUGGCACGGGGAGUGACCUCUCAUUUGGCACCAAGUCCACUGUGCAGGCAACUGUUCCCAUGCAGGGAAUGCACGCGCUCUUUGUGUUGCAUCUGAUGUUAUGGACGGUCUACAGAUGUUUCGGGGUUGAUUCCAGUGACCGCAGCUGUAGUAAUAAAAUGUGAGAGGUUGCUCGUGUUAGUUGAAUUUAGUAAAGUGCUGAAGGCAGUGAGCUGUAUUCGAAUCAUUCCUAAAAUGCCUUACAUGCAGCUAUGCUGCCACUGCUGAGUGCUCAAACUGUUCUGUUUGAACACAGAAUCCUAUUCGUAUACAAUUAUGACCAAACGUAAUUUUUUUUCAACUUGAAAAGAUCUGUUUUUACAGUAUCAUCUUCUCUCUUUUGAAGAAGAUGCUUGUGGCAUGAAGAUGUAAUUUUGAAAGCUCCCUACUCCCGGUUGUGAGAGGCUGGGAAGGAUUGCUAUGGUUUCUACUGUUAGUGAAAGGAGCAGAUACAGCUCCUAAGUUUGUAAUCUCUCAAUCCAUUGGAAAGGUAAUGUUUACCUUCUCUGAUGCCAAAGGACCAUAUAUCUUUGGGUUUCCUUUCGGUCUGAGCUUCCCAGACUUUGGUUGUUAAUUCCAUGGAUUCAUAUGUAGGGCAUGCUGAAUGAUUCGGAGCUCCUGUGCCAAUAACUCUUCACAUGCAUGUGAAGGACUUCAAAGUAAUUAUUUUUCUUUUGAAGUCUUACCAUGGCCUAGAAAUAGGUCACAUACAUGAUUUCUGUUGGCUUUAGUUCUGCAUUCUGUUGCUAUGAGGUUUGGAUUAUUUUUCUCAUAUUAAGUCUGCAAAUUUCAAAUCCUUUUUGUCUUUUCAAGAAACAUUGUAGUUAAAAAGUGGCACUGAAAGUGUGCAUUACUGUGAAGCCUUCAAUUUUUCUUAAUCAGUACUGUUAUUCAGAACAGGUGCUUGCAUUAUUUUCAAUUGAGAACAGCAGCUCUGCACCACUAACACUAUCUUCCUCUCAUGCAGAUUUUUAAUGUAUUUUUUCAUGUUCUUUUUAAAAAUUGCCUUUAAUUAUUGAUUCUCUGGGGGUUUUGUGUGUUUUGCUUUAAAUUUGUAGUUUAAAGCUUCCAGCUGCUUUGAAACAUUUUUCAAGACUGUAAGUUAAGAGAGUCCACCUUUACUUUGGAAUUUAAGAGCAAAUCUGAGUAUCAGCAGCUUUGUUUCAAACUGGUGCAUUUCUGUUUUAAGCUGAGUAAAACAAAAAAAAAAACAAACCCAAAAUGUAGCUGUAUAGCUGUAGCUGUAUCCCUGAGCAUACACUUGCUUGUAACUGAAAAUACAGGAGGGGAGCUUGUAACUCACAUCAUAACCUAUGUUUCAAUGACAACAGCAGUCUGAAAGCAGCUACAACUGCAGCUCACUUGUUCAGUGACUUAAAUGGAGAAAACUGUGAAAAUGAGCAAUAUCUCACUUGGGUAAAACAUACUAAAGCAUCUGUAGUUGGCGAUGUAAUCCCACAAACAAUGGGAUGUUUAGCUGAAAUGAGUGGCUUUAUUUCCUUUUCAAGCCCUCUAGUCUUUACAGCAGUAAGUUAGAAUUAGUAACCUGUCUCUGUUCAGAGGCUCUUUAUGAUCAGAACUAUUGGGUACCUAUUUUUCAGGCUGAAGAAUUUGAAUUACUGCAGAAUAGUGCAAGAACAGAAUUUUUGAAAACUGUAAAUAUUGUAAAUACAUUGUUAUUUCUGUAUGUAGUGAAGAAAGGAUCAUUCUAUUUAAUUACUGUUUGUUCUUAAGAGAAUAUGUGAUGUUCAUAUAUUUGUAUUUCCUCUAGAAGAUUGAAAAGAAAACAUAACCUAAGCAUGCCUGUAACUGGUACAGCAUUGUUGAGCUGUGACACUGGCGUGGUGUAUUCUGCUGGCUGUUUAACUUGCUGUUGAUUGUGUAAGUGGUGUUACAGAUCUGCUUUGCAUACACAAAACAGGUUUUGCCUUUUAAAAUGCAGCAAUCGGUGCAGCUGUGGCAUUGGCUUGUUGGACUUUGAAGGCGGUCACCAGAACACACACUUAUCAGUACCUGAUAAGCUUGUGCUGUGAAUAAAUACUUAUUGGAUAUUUUUAUCCAAGUUUGAAUUUGUAUAAUAAUUUUUAAGCUUUUUCUAGGCAGACUGGGAGGUUCAAAAUAUAUAAGGCAAUGUUUCAAUCAAUCAGAUGUAAUUCUCAAUUAUUUUCACGCUAUUUAAAUGCAAGCUGCUUUUAAAUCUGACUUUUGCAAUUAAUAUUAAAAAAAAACUGACCAAACAAAAAACCCCACCACUACCUGGAACAUGACUGAGGAAGAUAACUAACUGGCCUAGCUGGACUGGACAAACCCAGUUAAAAUUCAAUUCCUACUUAGUAAGAUCUGUAGAUGGAGUAGGAUACCCAGGGGUUUUGUAGGGAAAUUCAUUGGAAUGCAAUUGCUUCAGGCUAGGGAGAGGUGCCAGUUACUCCUGCCUAUUUCCAUCAUCUUCAAUGAGGAUCACUUGGGUGAUUCAGUACUACCAUAAUUAGUUCUUGCUCUUUAUAACUGAAAUUGCUGGUUUGCAAAAUAUUUUUAUUUAUUAUACAAAGUGAGAAUGUAGCUAUUAGAGUCAAGUGGUGGUUUUACAAUGGAGUAACUAAUGGCACAAACAAAAAAAAAAUCUCUUUGUUACUAGCUCUGUGCUGCUUGCUAAUAUUCUAUGCUGAAAUUAGCAGAAAAACAAAAAUGUUUUCAUUUCAUUCUGUACAAACCCAUCCAGCUGGUUUAGUGUGACCAUUGCUGACUCUACUGCAACACCCAAAAUUUACAGUGGUUAUCUAUAAAAUGAAUAUGUUUGUGCUCCAAACACUGAACUGGAGUUAAUGCUUCCAUUUUUUUGUUUGAGACCAAAUUACUCCUGUACAACCAGUCAGUGAAACAAAGCCAGCUGAAGAGCUAAGCACUUCCACGUAUGAAAUUGUAGCAGCUGAAAACUUGAGAGAUCUUCUCUUUUGUGUAUUUCCCUGUAUUGUCUAUAGCAGUCACUGCUUUUCUGUUGCUCUGUUCGUUGACAUACUAUAGUUCAAUUGAUUUAAAAUGCCUAUGUUGGAGAAAAGGGAUUUGUACUGAUGGUGUGAAUGGUUUGUUCUGACAUGCCUGUGCUUCCUUAACCUGUCUGGAGAAAAGCACAUUAUAAAGAAAUGCUGUUUUACCAGUAAAAUAACUUUCCACACUUGAAUAUAUUUUGUAAGUUUUUGAAAUUGUUUAAGACCUCUUGUAAGAUUAAUUUUAAAAACUCAAGCAACCAACCAAAAAAAAAAAAAAAAAAAAAAAAAAAAAAAAAAAAAAAGCAAGAAAAAAAACCCAAAAAACCACAAACCUACCGGUUACUCUACCUUUUUUUUAUUAUUAUUAUUAGAAAUUUUCAUAGCUUGUUCUUAUGAUAUUAAAAGUACAAGAAAUAA